AUGGAAUCUUCAGGUCAAGUCAUGUUCUAUCAUGGCUAUCCAAGCAUCUCCUCCCUGACACUAGCAAAGCAGAAAAUGAGUUUGAGCCAUUUCUGUUCAGUCAACUUCCCUGCCAUCUGGAUCCUAGAACUGGUGAUCACAAGCUUCGCUUCUUGUAGCGCUCUAGGAAACGAGACCGAUAAAAUUGCUCUGCAACAGUUCAGGUCCCUCUUAACAGAUAAUUCUGCAGGAACAUUGGCCUCUUGGAAUGAUUCCCACCAUUUCUGCCAAUGGACUGGAGUCACUUGCGGUCUCAGACACCAAAGAGUCACUGCCUUGAACCUCGAUGGGCAAGAUUUGGCAGGGACCGUGUCCCCUUUUAUCGGAAACCUUUCGUUCCUCCAAUACCUGAACCUCGCAAACAACUCUUUGCAUGGUUUCAUUCCUCCAGAAAUCGGGCGCUUGUUCAGGCUUAGAAACCUGAUCUUGAGCCACAACACUUUGGGAGGUGGAAUUCCUAGAAAUCUCUCCCAGUGUCUUAACCUCCUGACUCUCGAGCUCGAUUAUAAUUAUCUCCACGAUCGCAUCCCUUCUGAAUUUGGGUCGCUGUUGAAACUUCAGAAGCUCUCCUUCUCUAACAACAAUCUCACGGGACCAAUCCCUGCUUCCAUAGGAAACCUUUCCUCCCUCCAAGUGCUUGAUCUAUUGAACAACAGCCUGAUAGGAGGAGUUCCAAUUUCUACAAGCAAAACAAGGCUCAAAGUUUUCGUGGUCAGUGAAAACGAGCUGACAGGUGGCUUCCCUUCCGCUCUUUGCAACUUGUCAUCCCUCAAUAUCAUUGGUUUGUACCAUAACCUGUUCACUGGCAGUAUCAGGAGAGACAUAGGCCUUCUGCUUCCGAAUCUGCAAACACUUGUCCUGGGAGAUAAUCAGUUCACAGGUCCUAUUCCCGAUUCACUGUCCAAUGCCUCGAACUUGGCAACAAUUGAUAUCCCCUUGAAUAACUUCUCUGGACGUGUUCAGGCCAGCUUUGGCAGGCUUCAAAACUUGAAAUGGCUCAACCUUCUUCAAAAUUUUCUUGGAAGCAGCACAACUGAUGGUCUAAGUUUCCUUGCUGAUUUGGCCAACUGCAGCAACCUUGAAAUGCUGGAUUUACAAUAUAACCAGUUCAAAGGUGAGCUGCCUGUUUCUGUCGGUAACCUCUCGACCCAACUGAAGCAGCUACUAAUGUCGGGGAACAGAAUUUGUGGAAGCAUUCCUGAAGUGAUUACAAACCUCUUUGGUCUCAAUCGAUUAUACAUGGAUGAUAACAUGUUAACAGGCAACAUUCCAUUGUCUAUUGGGAGGCUAUCAAACUUGCAUUAUCUGAACUUGGGCCAAAACAAUUUGACAGGGCACAUACCUUCAACCAUUGGUAAUAUCACUGGACUGAUCGAUCUGUACUUGUACAACAACAGCUUCGAAGGAAGCAUACCUUUGAGCCUCGGCAACUGCAAGUCCCUGCAGGAAAUACGCCUUUGUCAUAACAAAUUCACCGGGACCAUUCCUAGCCACAUGAUUAGUCCAUCGUCCCUCAUAAUACUUCUGAAUGUAUCUCACAACUCUUUGUCUGGGCCCCUGCCACCUGAAGUUGGCAACUUAAAGAACCUCAUUUCUCUCGAUGUUUCAUACAAUCAAAUUUCCAGCGAAAUUCUGACAACUUUGGGUGACUGUUUGGGAUUGGAAGAGCUGUAUAUGCAGGCGAACCGUUUUCAAGGACCCAUUCCUCAAUUAGGAGGGUUAAAAGGCAUUCGUUUUCUUGACCUUUCCAAUAACAACCUAUCAGGGCAAAUCCCAGAGUUCUUAGUUAACUUAUCAUCGUCGCUGCAAUUCUUGAAUCUGUCUUUUAACAAUUUUGAAGGCGAAGUAACUGUACAAGGGAUAUUUGGAAACACUAGUGCCUUCAAAGUUGAUGGCAACAAAGAGCUUUGCGGGGGCAUACCUGAACUGCAUUUGCCUUCAUGUCCGGCAAUAUCAAUCCCAAGAUCUAUAAAGCAUAGACUUUCGAAGUGGGUGAUGGUCAUAAUCAUCAGUGCUUCUUGUGCAGUGGCAUUAGUAUCCUUAGCAUUGCUUUUCUGGUUGAGAAACUUGAAGAAGGAACAUCUGCCUACUCACUCCUUGGGCCAUUUUUACGAGAGGAUUUCUUAUGAUGCUCUAUUCAAAGCUACCGACGGAUUCUGUUCAAGCAAAUUGAUUGGUUCAGGUAGUUUUGGCAGUGUAUACAAAGGAACCCUUGGUCCGGAUGGAAGAAUUGUGGCCAUCAAGGUUUUGAAUCUCCAGCAGAAAGGAGCUUUCAAGAGCUUCUUGGCCGAAUGCAAAGCCCUCAGCAGCAUUCGGCAUCGUAACCUUGUUAAGAUCUUGACUGCUUGUUCAAGUGUCGACUCUCAUGGUAAUGAGUUCAGAGCCUUGGUAUACGAGUUCAUGGGAAACGGCAACUUGGACAUGUGGUUGCACCCAAACGACGAGCAAAUGCAAUUAAAAACUUGGAGCUUCCUCCAAAGAUUGAACAUCGCGAUUGAUGUAGCCUCUGCUUUGGAUUAUCUUCACCACCAGUGCCAAACUCCAUUGGUCCACUGUGAUCUGAAACCAAGCAACAUUCUUCUCGACCAUGAGUUCAUGGCUCACAUCAGUGAUUUUGGAUUGUCGAGGCUCGUUUCGAGUCUAACGAAGACAUCUUUGAGUCAUCUCAGCUCCUCUGCUUUUAAGGGAACCGUGGGUUACAUCGCUCCAGGUACUGCUCUAAAGAUCACAAAAACAUUUACAUUCACGAAAAUCAGAAGAAUUCAGAGACCUUGUAGAGUAAUCGAGCUAACAGGAACUUUUUCUGGACUCGCAGAAUAUGGAAUGGGUGUUCAUCCAUCAACCAGUGGGGAUGUGUACAGCUUCGGGAUCCUCUUGCUAGAGAUGUUCACGGGAAGACAGCCAACAGAUAAUAUAUUUGAAGACGAUUUCAACCUUCAGAAAUUUGUCAAGUCGGUGAUGCCAAAGCGAGCAACAGGGUUCUUGGAUCAAUCGAUUUUCUGUGGGGAAGUAGGUGAAAGCAGUGAUGAGCAAGCAGAUUGGAGUGACUGCGGAAUCGACAAAGCCGAAUGUCUGAUAUCGGUCUUUGAGAUUGGAUUAACUUGCUCGGCAGAAUCACCGAAAGACAGGAAGGACAUGAAUGGAGUUGCACGGGACUUGCUCUCAAUCAGAGACAAGUUUCUCAAAACCCGCGUUCACGAGGAUAGGAUGCAGAGCCCUGCACCAAGCGACACGUUGGAGAAGGCGGCCUGA